AUGGUAGAGGAGUUGCUUGUUGGGAAACUCAAAGAGACCAGACAGUCCAAAGGAAAGGACAAAGCAUGGGAUGCAGACUCAGAGGAAGAGAAAGAGAAUGAGGAGCAUGAGGAUAUUGCUAAAGAGGCUCAGAAGAUAACACCUAAUCAAAAGAUGUUUUUGGAUGGUUUGAAGUCAGUAAAUAGAGACAAUGUAGAUAGUUUUCCUACCUAUGGUGGUAGCAUGGAUGGAGAAGAGAUGCUUGAAUGGAAAGAAGCACUCAACAACCACUUUGAGUACAAAGAAAUUCCCGAGGAGAAGAGAACACAACUUAUUGAAGACGAUACUCAUAAAAUAGCUGAAGAUAUUCAAAAGAUGGAGUCAGUUCUAAAAAGCUAUGAUAACAAGUCUAAUCAGACUGAGACUGGAGCUCCACCAGAGCAAGAUGAUCAAGAGAUUAUUAAACCAGAUGUAGUCUAUCCUGUUAAGAACAAGGAUGACACAAGUUCUACACUGAUUAUAUUCGUUGUGGAUGAUACUAAAGAAAUUCAAGAUACUGUGGACACAUCUGGUAAUGCCAUUAAACCAGUGAAGGAAACUGAGCAACAAUCUGAUAUUGUUGGUGAACAAUUUGCAGAGGAAGCAUUGGUUAAUGAACCAAGUGUAGAUGUACAACCGCCACCAGAAAAAGAACACCAAAAUUUUUUUCCUGGUAUUGGCGAUAUACAAUGGUCAGAAGGUACACGGACAAUGAUACAGAUUAAAAACAACAUCAAGAUGAUCAAUAAUGAGUUUACAAAGAUGGAGGCAACGGACCCUAGGACAUCAUUGGUGAUCUCGAUGGGUUAUGAGGUAGAAGAUGAUCUUUUGAUUGCUUAUGCUGAUCAUCUUCUAUCUACCCUGGUAGAUCCAAAUGCAACAAGGUUUGGAACAUAUAAGGAGAAAUAUAUUGAGGUGCAUUCUGAGCUUUCCAGACUAGUCAUUGCAAAGAAAGUCAGAAAAGAGGUGGAAGAAUUUUUUGUUUCACAAGGAUUUACUAAAGAGGUGAUUGCUGAGGCCAGAGCUAAGUUUGAAGCAAAGAAGGAUGCUGAAUCCUCUAGUGCCCCAACAGGUACCGAUACCGAUAGACAAGCAAGAAGCACAACUGCUAAGGAGAAACCUUCUAAAAUUCAACUCAAGAGAAAAGGGAAAGAAAUCAAGCACCUUGCACCUAAAGCACCGAUAGUCUCCUGUAAGAGGAAGAAGGAGCAAGCAAAGAGAGCUGUAGAUGAAGAAGAAAUAGAGUAUGAAGGAGAGAAGAAAGAGAUGAGAGCCAGCGAAGCCUCAAAGGAGGAAUUGCAAAAUAUAAUUUUGAAUUCAAAACCAUUCUUUAGAUCAAAGAAAAGGCUUACAAGAUUACUUGUUGGAGAAUCCCAGUUAGUACAAGAUGAGACUGAGGAGAUUUUGAAAAUUUUUUUAGGACUUAAUCCUGAAGAAGAGGAACUAGAGAGAUUAAAGGGAGAAUAUAUCCCUGACAAUGUGAAUAUUGAUGAAAUCAUACCAGAUGAGAUUGUUUUUGCUAACACAACAAUUGAUACACACACUAAGCAAGAAACAAUCAUUAUUCUUAAUGAUGAGAAUGCAUUACCGGGAGCUACUUCAACUGAUAAGACAAAAGAACAAGAGCCACCGGUAGUUACACAAAAAGAAGAUAUGCAAACCACUGCACCACCAAUGAAGGAUAAGGAGAAGGAAGAGGAGAAAGUUGAAGAGAAAGCAGAGGAGCAUGAGAAGGAUGCAGAGAACCAGAAGGAGGAAGAAAAACAAAAGGAAGAGAAAGAAUAG